UUUGGAACAAGAGUAUAGGCGGAGGGGAUUCUCAGAUACAGCAGGGAUGUAGGAGGUAGACCAGAUGUCGAGUGGCAGCGACAUCUCAGAAGAGAUUCUAGAGGAAAUUCAAGAUGAGAAUGAGCAGUCCAGUCUCUCGAGCGCCGUUCCCAACUCCCUGCUUCCACCUGAAGAUCUUGAGGGGAUCAGGUCUACAGAUGAUGGUAUUAUUCCAUCAUGGGGUACGGCGCAGAGAGAGACAAGUAAUCGGUCUCCGUCACCCGUAUCAAGGGAGGAGAGUGAUGUUCAGAAGGCCGAGAAAAAGACUUUUCCCCCUCUCUCUGAGGAAAACAUACUACCGGAGCUCUCCCAGAGGGAACAAUGUACCGGGGGCAUAGAAGCAAGAAUUUCCAUGCCUGCAGUUGUGAGGGAGAGGAGCAGAAUGGGGAUUAAGGAAGGGGGAGAGUUGAUUAAGAGAAGUAGUUCCCCGCCCAGAGACUUGGCGUUACAUGUGGCAAGGAAAGUGGAAUCACGGCAGAGUGAUAACUCUCCAAUGUCGAGUGAAUGGUCUGUGGAAAGUCUGAGAAGUAGUGGCAGCAGUUUGCACAUAAAAGAUAGAUCACUAAGUGAGAUCUCAGUUAGCAUUCCAAAACUUACAGUUGUAUCGAUUGAAAAGGAGCAAAAGGUGUUUAGCUUAGUGAAACAGUUCAGUGAGGUGACAGAAGACACGACAGAGAACUGCGAUAGGCCGGCAGAGAGAAGAAGGCAGUCAGUUCCAGCUUGCAAUUCAGCUCCAUGGAAACCAGAUACUUUCAUGUCCCUGCAGCCCAUCAAACAGGAAAUUCAUGAAUCUGAGUGCAAGUGGCAAACCCCAGGAAGGAAAUCAAGUGUAUCCAGCAUCAUUUCUCACUUCAGUAGUCAGCCAUCAGAGGAGGCAAGCAUGCAAGAACAUCGAAGGAAGGAAUCACCUCGGAAAUUAGGCCAGAUGUCACCUAGGGUCAGGAAUUCGCUGGAAAAAAUUACCGGCCAUUUCUCACAAAAUUCCUCUCUAGAUUUCUCCAGAGGUGUAUUGAAGAAUAAGGAGAAUAUUAGUCCUAGUAUCCCACAGAAGAGAUCACUAAUAUCUCAGCACUCGAAGGAAAAGGAAAACUCACCUCGCUGUAGAUCCAUAUUUUCUAGCAUUUCAUCACCCUUGUUGGAGGUGGAAGAUGUUCAGUUUUGUGAGACAGAGAUUGAGGACUUGUGCAACAUUGCUUUUCCUUCAUCAAAAAUGUCCUCAUAUAGUGAGUCGUUUAAUCUACGCGAAGAAAUGCUUGUAGAGCAGUCCCCCUCCAAUGAAGAUAAAUGCAGUGGAAGUGAGAAUCAGUUGUUUGAGGGUGAUGUGUUAGACACUUGUGACACUGAUGAAGAAGUGGAAGAAAUGCCAGAAGAAAAAGUGCCAUAUCAGUCUGCAAACAGUGUAAGCUUAAAGGAUGAAGGAACUGUUUCAGAUAUUGGAAAGAGCAGUAAAAGUCCAAGUAGUUUUCCAUCUUGGAAUAUUCAGUUAAAGCCAAAUUCUCAGCUUCAAGGUUCCACUUGUGAGAUAGGAAAUUCAUCUCUUGGCAGCUCCAAAAAUAAAUCUUUAGAAAUUUCAGAUGGUGUUAGUAAUAAAUCUGUAGAUUUUUCUCUGGAAAAGGAGGAUGAACUCUCUGUGACUUCCAAGAAUUCCAGUGUUAGGUCUGUACAAGUGUUAGAAUCCCAGUCCAAAGACAGGUCGAGUUCAGAUGCUAUAAGGAGUGUCAGUGAGUGCUCAGAGGACUUUGAGAAUCCUGAUGUAGCUGAAGGCAGUUGUGAGGAUGAUCAGAGUGAAAUCUUAAGAACACUGUCCAGUAAGAGUGGCAGCAGAGAAGAAUGCUUUAGCUCUGUUGACUCUAAUGCAAACCCAGAUGAAGAUGCUCUUGAAGCUGUUGAGUCUGUGAGCCUUUGUAGCCUAGAGAGGGACACCUCUCAUGAACUCCUUGAGCUGGAUAUUGAUGGAUCUGGCCAUGAUGUCUUUGAUGGUGAAUUCUCAGAAGCCAGUGAAGUCAUUCUAGGCUUUGUGAGCAAUUCCCCGAUUUCAGCAAUAACAGAGAGAACAGAAGAGUCUGGCCAGGACAAUGACCCUAGUGGAGGGAGAAGAAUAAGUGAUUCCACAGGAGAGUCAAGUCAUCUACAAGAAUCUGCAAAAGAAUAUGAGACUGAGUGCCAAAUUGUCGGCCAAAUACAAGUGUCAUCUGCAAGUGCCAUACCAGGUCCAGUGAGGCAAGGUGGCUUCCCAUCCCUUCCCAUUAAUAUAGGUAGUAAUAUCAACUCUAGUCAGUUUGCGAACUCACACUCUCUGCAGGAGACUGUGAGCCCAGUACAAACCCACCCAUCCUUGGAAGCUGGUGAUGAUCAUCAUGAUUCUAGUCAGAACCCCACCAGCAGGAUGGGUCAGAAGCCUCCAAUGAUCGGGGUAAAGCCAAAGCUCUGCAAAUUUCCUGCAGUUCCUCGUGGCCAAAGAGCAGGAGAAAAGCCCUCUGCAACCCAAGUCUUGCCAACUAGUAAGACGUCACUGACCGGCCCUGUGAAGCCGACACUGUGUCGCAACACAUCCAAGAGCAUGCACAACUUGGGAACCAGUACAAACUCGAAAGCCAGCCGGGCCCAGGGCUUGCAUAACAGGUCCUUAAGCUUAAGUACAGACAACCUGGAGAAUAGUAGCCCAAGGACAUCUUCCCUGUCACCAGCCCCUCAGAGUGGAUGCAGAGGGAGGCGCAACAGUGCGUCAGGCAUUCAGGGAAGCUUGCAUCGUAGGUGUGUUAGUGCCAUAGCCUUGAAUGAGGGAGAUGGCCAACUUGGAAUGAAGAGGAACAAGAGCUUAAGUUUAAGUAGGUUGAACAGAUCAAGAA